GGUGAAGAGGAAGACAGAGCCAACAUUUACCCCAGUCUAUGAUGGCAAACCUUGUGACAUCGUUGUGCUGUGUAGUUCUGGCAGCAGUGGUGGUAGCCUACGCUCAGAGGCGCAGUCAGCUUGUUGCAAGAAACCAGUACGAGCGGAGGGGCAGCGAUGUCACCAUGCAGUGCGGCUCCCUGGAAAGUGACGCAUCAGUGUCAUGGAAGGUGAAUGGGACAGACAUCGAGGCCCAGCACCAACUGAAUGGACCCAAACUGAUUCUGACCCAGGUUGACCUUGACCACAAUGGACUCUACAGCUGCUUUCAGAACCCGCAUGGAGAAAGACGUGAUACCAUCUUCCUCCACAUUGGCAUUCCCCCUCAGGAGCCCAAAGUCACCUGUCGGUCCAACACCUACCCUAAAGGUUUCUACUGCAGCUGGCACCUGACGCAUCCUACGUACAUACCCUCCAGCUUUGAAGUGGAUGUUCAACACAACCAGCACUCACUCUAUGUGCAGAAAGAUGCAGUCCACAAGAAUCGCUGUCAUGUACAGUUCCCAGAGGUCUUCUCCAGCAGUCCAUACAAAGUUAAUGUGACAGCGGUAAACGCCUUAGGGAAAGCCUCCUCUACCCUAUCCUUUGAGGAGUCCUCUAUAGUAAAACCGGACCCCCCAGAGCGCGUGACGGCAUCCCCGAUCCGUUUAAACCCUCGAAGGCUGGAGGUGUCCUGGCACAGCCCCGCCACAUGGCCCGAUAUAGACACGUUUCCUCUUAAGUACUUCCUUCGAUAUCGACCACUCAUUCAUGACAGGUGGCAGCAUGUGGAACUCCUUGACAGCACUUCACAUACCAUUACCGAUGCUUAUGCUGGGAAGGAAUAUAUCAUACAGAUAGCUGCAAAGGACACAGAGAUUGGAACAUGGAGUGACUGGAGCGUUGCUGUACAUGCCACACCCUGGAUUGAGGAUCCUCUGCCAAUCACUACCACAACUGAAGUGGACUUUCCUAAUGAGACGAAGACUUCUCCCAUACCGUCCUCCAAAGCACCGCAGAAGGCCGAGCCUCCGGUGGGCAGAGCUGCCAGGGCCGUCACAUUUUUCUCUCCUUUGCUGUUAGGGAUGAUGCUGUUGUUCAUGUGAUGUUUUAGUCCCAUGGAGUGACAACAGGUGGGAGGAAGAACAAGAUAAAGAGGCGGAGGCUGGUGUUUUUUCUAUUUUGCACAUGUUUUUGAGGAUACAGUGCAUUGAUCAUAUCUGUCCAUCACACAGUUACUCACCAAAAUUUCUUAAGAGGGGAAAUCAGACAGUCAUUGUUGGCUGACGGGGACAAAGACAUUCUUCAGAGGAACUUUUGCAAACGACAACAAGAGCAGCAGCAGAGGCAACAGAACAACCACGACAGCAGCAGCAUCAAAGUGAUUAAUGUUACGCCCCUGUGGCUUCGAUGAGCCGCGGCAGACUGAUUUGUUGGUUUGUUUGGUUCAGGAAGCUCCUUCUCUGAGCAAGAAAACCAACACAUUGUUAUUUUUUAUUCAUUAAUUGACUUUCUCCCUUACUUUUUAACUGCAGAGCGCUUCACAGACAAACGCACACUUAUCGCAGUCGUGCCUUUGUGUGUGUGGCUACUGUAGCGCCCCCACAUACAGCUCAACCAUCAUGCCAAAGACUCAUAAGCACCCCAACCAAGUGGCUCCAAAUUCUUUCACUGAGCUUCCCGAAGCUUGUGCCUGUGCUCAAAACGUGUGUGCAUAUGCAAGUGGAGUGGUGAAGCUGAAAAGUGCUAUACGUAUCAAACCUGAGGAUAUUUGCAGCUCCUGUUUGUGUACACACACACACACACGCACGCACGCACACACCAUUUAAACAAAGACGCCACUGUAAGCCUCCAUCAGACGGUGCUCCGCACGCCUCCGACGCCUGAAUCGAACCGUUGGAGGGAGCCUUUGUUCGAUCUGGGGACUAACACUUUGAAGAAUUCAGUAAUGGUAGCUCGACUUAUUUAGACCGUUAGCUUUACAUUGUGCUUACAGCGACUGAUAAGAAGGACCUGGAUUGUAAGAAAAAAAAAAAAAAAACAAAGAUAAAAAAAAUAAUUUAAAAAAAUAAGGUAAAUAAAAAUGAAAUAAAAAUAAAAAGAACAAAAAUAAAGUGGUUUUCAGACGGAACAUUUGUUUUCUCACAAAGUUGCGUUUGGUUUGACUUUGUUUUUACAGCAACAUUGCAUUUUGGAUCUGACAUGAGCUACGGUACGUUGGUUUCUGUUUCUGCUCAAUGCUGUAAAAAAACAGUAACAUGAAUCUGUUUGCUUUCCAAAGUCUGGCGCCUUUACAAACAUUUUAUUAUUUUUCAGUUUACAUUUUAAUAGCCAAUAUCAGCAGGUAUUAUUAUGUUAUUCAAAUGAAUAUUGAUGUGUUUAUUGUAAUUUUUGAAUUUUAUGGACAAAUAAUAAAAAAGAUGCAUAUAGGGCUUUAGUUUUUUGUUUGUUCCCUUUGGUUUUUUCAGACAUUCAUAAUGGCUUACUUUCUUGAUUCUAUUUUGUAAACUAUGAUAUGUAACUUUAACAAUGAACAAAGUUUAUUAUUUAAUAUUAUUAAUAAUGAUAAUAAUAAUGUAUGUAUUAGCAUUAGAAUGUCGUAACCUGUACCUGGGGUCUUUUUUAUAGAUGUAUAUACAAUGACAGGUUUCAACCAUUAAAUGUGACCAUUUCACAAUGAAUUCUGA